CUGACGGGCCGACGGCUCGGGAGUCGACGCGCUCGACGGUCCGCGCCACUUCCGCCUGGGCAAGACGUCGCUCUUUCUUUGUCACCACUCUUUGCAUUUCGUUCCUUCCUCUGCAACACACUCCCACACCUCGUGUGCCACGUCUCAGCACUUUGCUGCCUUCCUCACCCGCACUGGGUCGCAUCGAUGAUUAACAAGCAUCGACGCAGGAGCAGCUCGCCCGUCCUAGUGGCGCGUAGCAUCAAGCAAGCAAAGGGCGACACAAACUCAGCUACCAGGUUCUGGCAUCUGCCAGAGGAGCUGAGGUCUUCCAUCCUCCAGUUGGCAUGCAGCGCUCCUUCUCCGUCCUCUUCUCCGUACCACCAGCACAGCGCGGCUGCCUCCACGCCAUCUCGGCCAACGAAUCUUCCGUCUGCAGCAUCGCACACAAGCUGGCACACCAAUCUCGAGGUCGGCACCGUGGCCAAACUUGCGCUCGUGUCUAAGCACUUCAACGCAUCUUUGACUCCUCUCCUCUACACGCACGUCAAGCUCGACACUCCUAGUCUGCUCUUUGGCUUCUAUGCAGCGUUGAGACUGCGUCCUGACCGCGGCGAGCUGGUGAAAAGCCUGCAUAUAGGCCCACGCGGCAAGAUGGACGAAACGUAUUGGCCGCUUCCCUUCACGUGGGUGGACGAGGAGACGGAAGAGGAGCUCGAUGAUGACGUCCUGACGAUCGCGACAUCGCUGCCGCAGCGUCUUCUUCCGGAAUGCUGUUUUCCGGGCCGUGCAUUCCCUUGCGAUCUCAGGAAGAUUCGUGAUUGCCAGACUUGCUCAGUGGCUCGGGCGCUUCAGGCCGCUAUCGAGGCUAUCAAUGUCGACAGAGAUAGGCAUUUCUGCGACUUGCAAGGCACAGCCUUAGACAUCGCCGAGUGGACCAUUCGAAUCUUCCAGCUGCAAGAAGCACUCGACCUUUACCUCAUCGAAAUGAAACGACUGGACGAGACGAGAGGGUACAAGCUACGCUAUUGGGAUUUUGAGUCGCCUAAGCCCAGGCUGCCGUCAAAGUGUCGCGCUGGCGUUUGUGGUCAUUACCCUCGCCUCGAGGUCGAAAAGCAGCCGAUCAAGACUACACCGGCUCCUGUUAAGUCGAAGAAGCCCAAGAGUUGCGAAGAGGAAGACCAGAUGAGGAGCGAAGCUUGGAACACAGGCCAUCACACGGAGAUGCCGACUCUGCCUCCCAUCGAGACGGCGACGACCAUCAGCAAGGACGGCGUCUUGGACCUCACCCUCGUACAACUCGAUCGUCCUUUGAGGAGAUCCGGAGAUAUUGGGGACCACUUCGAUCAUCCUCUUUUCUACGCUCGUGCGGGCAUGAAAAAGCUCGCUAUGAACGACGAUCAACCUGGCGUCAUCUCGGACCAUGACAGCAGUUACUAUGAGGAGUUUUACCCUGAGUCGAUCUUCUAUGAGUACUUCUGCAGGAUCUGUCGAGACUACCAUGAGUACGAGCCGCCGGAGCAGGCGGAAUGAGACUAUGGUAACUCAGGCAUUGAGCAGGACCGUAAUGUACUGCCUGGGCCGUCAGGGCUGGCGCUGGCUAGCGAUGGAAGCAAGGUACCCAACCCGGCCGUUUUCCCAGGACUGCUCGCUGCCUGUCGUGCUGUCCUCGAAAGGACGCCGCAAAUUUCCACGUUAUCCCUUACAGGGUUUCUUGCACGCCCCAUCAAGCGGAAUAGCCCCCUUCUAGGAGCUCUACGCUGCCUCUCCCUCGGACCCCUGACACCUUCUUACAGCGAUGUAGUAUCAGAUCUGUCCUG